UGCAAGAAAAUAUAACAGUUUGUUACCGUAUAUGCGUGCGUAUAUAUAAUAUAAAAUCUAUUGUGUAGAAAGAUAUGAUGUGCAAGAUGUUACUAAACGUGUCUCUUUAUGCAUUGUCAGUGUAUUUCGUGACGCAAUUAGUCCACGGUCAAUCAUCAUGCUCCUGUAACUUACCGGAUUCCGAUUUUGCGACCGGCGUCAAUCUUGUAUAUUACAAAUGCAAUAAAGAAAUUCCUGCGACAAUCGCCUAUCCGAUUACGGCACCGCAAGGUCUGUUAAAAGUUCUAGAAAAAAAACGAACGAUUUUUUAUGCGUUCGGAUAUUUGGAACAACCGGAAGACGAUAAUGUUCAAAUAAUAAUUCGAGCACUCUGUUACGAAAGAACGGACAACGUGGUGUUACUUGAUUGGAGCAAAUAUUCAAAAGGAUUUUAUCCAGAAGUCUUUCAAAAAGCUGAAAACGUAGGAAGAUUAAUGGCUCGCAGUUUACAAUUGCUCAAAGAUAACGGUUUUGAUACAUCGACGAUUUAUCUCAUCGGACACUCCCUAGGUGCUCAUUUAGUUGGCUUCGCCGGCAAAUGCAACAAUUUUAGUAUACCUCGCAUCACAGGAUUGGAUCCUGCCAAUUCUAUUUUUUAUAUUCCUGGAUGUUACCUCACGCCUAGAGAUGCGACGUGGGUCGAUAUUAUUCACACGGACAUAGGUAAAUGGGGUACCUUUCAAUCUUUAGGAACAGCGGAAUUUUAUGCAAACAGUGGCUUUCGUCCUCAACCUGGUUGUCCAAUUGUGGAAAUACCUUUCACCAAAGAUGGGCUCUGCAGUCAUCAAAAAUCCGUCGCACUAUACGCAGAAUCGAAAUAUGGCAGCAAAAAUUUAAUUGCAAUACAAUGUACUUCUUACACGGCGUAUAAUGAACAUUUGUGCGAUGGUAAUCUACGUACGGGUAUUGGAUAUGCAGCAUCGAACGUAACCGGAUCGUUCUUUUUUACUACAACCUCGUAAUUUUCCUUUGCAUAAAGGUUAAUUGAAUCGGAAAGUAUGAAAAUUAUUUAACAAGUUGACCAAAAACAAAAGACUAAUUCGUAAAAAAAAACAUAACAAUUUGUUGUAUUUGUGACAGCUUAUCUGAAUAAAUCUAUGUGAUACAUUA